AAAAAAGUCGCGCCUAAAAGUUGGACUGAAAUUGAGAUCACGAACGAGGGAUAUGAUAUGAAAUACGGAUAUGCGUCACUGGACGAUUGUGUUUAUACUGUUUUUCUUCAUCAAAAGUUGUGUCUCCUUGAAAUGCUACGUCUGUAACAGUGCCUCGAAUGGCGCUUGUGGCGAAACGUUCAAGUUCUACCAGUUCACGGCGGAGGAAUGUGUCAUAGACAACGCCAAAUGUGGGAAGCAGAUUCAGCCACCCAUAAUAGACGAGAAAGGCGAGGAAUGGAUUGGCGUCAUAAGGGCGUGUUACCAGCCUGGCUCACUGCAGAACUUGAACGAGUCCAAUGGAUGCCAUAAUUGGACGAACGCUGACAAUUUUGACGCGACGUUUUGUUUUUGUGAUACUGAUGGAUGCAAUGCCGGUUGUCCGCUCUCUUGUGGGUGGACGUGUGUUGUUCGUCGCUUGUUAAUAAGUGCUCUUAUCUUGGUGUGUAUGCAUUAUGUGGACACGGGGUAGAUAUUCCAUUGUUACAGUAGUUUUGCGUCAUCGAUAGUCUCAACCAAAGUGUAGACUAAAGUUCAAAGUUUGUUUUGUUUCAUAACGACAUCACUAAAUCAUAUUGAUUUAUUAAUCAUCGGCUAUAGGGUUUCAAACAGUUGGUAAUUCUGGCACGUAGACUUCAAAGAAAACUCGCUAAAUUUCCCCAGUAACAGAAAGAGAUCGCUUGUAUGCACUAUAUCACAGGAUAGGACAGGACAAAACAUACGACGGCCUUUGAUAAUUCAAGACUAAUACAUGGUUUCUAAUAGGAUAUCGUACAGACAACUAGCAUGAACUUUUAAAAUUUAUCCCCGGCGGCUCCCCCCCCCCCCCCCCCUCCCCCCAAAGCUCUUUCAUGUCACUUGUUUGUUAAAAUGAAAAUUCUAUUUCAUUGAGGUAUAGAAAAAAUAGGAUUGCAAUUUUUCAAGAGAUGAUGAGUGGAACAAAUCCAUGAUGGCCACCAUCACUAGUAGUUAACUGAGUAUCCGCGUAUCAAAUGGUUACAUCCAAUCAGAAUUGAAUUUACAAUACAUACUAUUUUUAAAACACUGCUUGGUAACGGCUAGGUCUUUAUUCGAAACUAGUUGCUACAAUGCAAGAUCCUGCGUUGAUAAUCAAAUGUACGUGUAAGCUAUCAUAUGUACUACAACGUUAAGCACUAUAAAAUAUCCGCAACCGGAGGUAUAUCAACGUACCAAAGUUUUAACUUUAGUUAUAUUUUCUAAACAUUUUAACUACUAGUCCUACUACAUUUGGAUAUAAGAUGGGAAUUUAAACUUGAGAAAGUCGUCCCAAAGGGACAGUGCGAUGGGUGUAUCUGAAAAUUGUGCUUAAGAAACGGCCAACAUAUUAGUUCUACUUUGAAAAAACUUUAAAAACGUAUCCAACUCUCUUUCGCUCGUUAAAUACAUGUUUAAAACCAGCUAGUUGUGAUAUAAAUGGUAUCCAACGGCCACUCGUGUAAUAUUAUCUAUAGGUAAUAUUUAUAGAUUAGGAGUGUCACAUGAUGUACGGAAUUUAAUAAACGAGUUUGGGAUUUGUUUUAUUCCCCGAUCGUCAUCGAUGGGUGUAUAGCAAUUUCCAAACGAGUUUAAUAAAUUUCGUAUGACACUCCCGCGAAAGUUAUACUUUAUUUAUUAUUCACAAACUGUCAUUUUUAACAAACGUUAAAUAUAUUUGUAAUCGCUUCACAAUCGAUGUUAAUAAAAUUCAGCAAUGUCAACUACAAUGACUUUGAAUGUUGUCACUUUCAUAAACCGCGGCUACCGCAAGCUUGCAGUUGCUAUGUAAUACGUGACGUCAGACGUGUGCCAUAACCGUUUUCAAGGUAUUGUUAUUACAAAUGUCAAACAUAGCGUGGAAAAAUACGAUAUUUAUAUAAUCGUUUCUUGUAACCCAUAUAGGUAAUUAAUCCAGUUAUAGUUAUGUAUUGAACCUACAGUGCACACAAUUAGACUAUCCUUCGAAUCUCACUGUCUCGCAUGUGCUAUCCCAUUUGGCACUUGGAAAUGACGUAAUAGUACAUAACGAGCCAAUCAACAAGAAUUACCAAGGUAAAUUGAUGAUGUAAUAACUAAAACUGACGAGUU